AGCGAGGGAGUGCAGGAGAGAAGGAUAGAGUCCCAGAAGAGAGUACAAGCCGCUCACAUGCACACACACACACACACAAACACAAACAAGACUCACGCACACAUUUAUGUCAGCUCCCCUGAUGUACAUGGAUUACUUUCCAAAUUGAACCACUCAACAAGCAGAUCAGGGCAUGAUCAGCGUCUCGGAGCGGUGUAAAACUGUGAAAUGAACCAUGGAGGGGUCCAAGCGGCCAGUCACUAGCCGAUCCAACAGCCGCACAACCACUAGCAGCAGGGGAAGUCCGAGGAGGACCCACAGCAUGCAGCUUGGCCCUCACUAGCACCAAGUGGACCUCUCCUCUCACCUGGGGCCGGGGCUGCAGAAUGCUCAGUCCUGUCACCCCAUACAGUCUGUUGAAGAUGCACUGGUCCCCGGAGCACGCCGCCCCCUUAUCUCAGUGGCCUGAGCAGCACCUGGAUGUCACCUCUACCACUUCACCGCCGUCUGCCCACAAACACGACCCCUACUCUGCAGCUGGUCGCCGGAGCUACGCCCCUGCAGGUUACCCGUGGGCCAGUGAUGACAUAUCAGCCUUAACUGCUUCUUCUCUGCUCAAACGCUAUGCUGAGAAGUAUUCAGGGCUGGAGCUGUCCUAUGAACGCCCUCCCACAGGGGCCUACUCGGAGCCUGGAACUUUCAUGAAAACUGAAUCUGAGCCAUGGGCUCUGGUUCAGGGCAUGGACUGUUACCCUGGACUAGAGGCAUUAACCGGCACCAAGGUAGGCUCUGCAUCUGUGGGCAUCCCAGCCACAGGAAGUGUGACGGUGGUGAGCAGCAACUUGCCGUCUGAGCCGGGCUACAGUGGUGCUGGCUCCUGCAAUGCCCCGUCAUCUCAGGAAUACCCUCCCGCAUACAACAGCACCUACCUGUCUUCAGGGUACUGCCCUCAGCCCAGCCCAGCACUUCCCCCUGCCCCUCUGCACUCAUUGCAGGCCACAUCCACUCUAGUGCCCAACUACAGUGCCAGUACUCCUAUUUACAACUACCCUGCAGGGUGCUACCCCCAAACCAGCCUGUCCUCCGGAUACAGCCACCACAGUGCCUCCUACCUGCCCCCUGGGAUUAGUGCCCCCACUCCUCUGGCCCCACGGCCCACCAUGGUGGGGGGCAGUUACAGCUACCCGUCUCACGGCCUCGGAGGGAGCUCUGAGGGAGGUGUGCCACUGAAACGCAAGGCCUUUGAGAUGGCAGAGGACGGACAGGAGGGGUCGGAGGUGGAGGGAUCGCGCUACAGAAAGUAUGGAAACAGCCAUAGCAAAGGUCACGGCAACGGGCACGGCAAUGGUUACGAUAUGAGCGUGACGGCCCCAGACCCACAGGCCUACAAAUCUGGGAAGCCCAUGAUGUCACCCCCUUAUGGCGGGGCAGGAGACUACAGCCCACCAUCAGGCCUAGCAGGGGAGAGUGUGUCAGGGGAGCACUCCUUCCCCCAGCAACAGAGAAUGUCCGUGAAGAUACCUGCAUCGCACAUACGAUCCGAAGACCCCGCCGCGGGGCGCUGAAAGCACUGGUCGGCAUUUGAGAGGAUUCACUCACACUUUGAAAUCCAACCAGUUCUUGAUCCAGACGGACUUUGGUCGAAAUUGGAUCGCCGAUGAUUUAAUUUCACUUUUGAACAAGAGGGUCCAGGACUAGUAUUUCUUGUGUAUCUUUAACAUUUUCAUUAUUCAUGUUUUUCCAAAGAUUCACAGGGGCAUUUUGCCUGCUGAGGUUAGGGUAAGACUUAAGGGUGAGGUUAAGACACUCACUACAUAAAUAGAGCCAAGACAGUCUAAACGUGUGAGUGUCUGUUUCUCUCAGGAUCCUAUUUAUUUGCUCCGGCUACUGCGGCGGCAGCACUGCAUCCGCGAUGUUGCUGUUGUGAAAGUUAGGUGUAAUUAUUUGUGGACGUUAUGUAUGAAAAAGGCUUUUGACUGCAGUGCACGUUCUACCACACCAUGAAAAUCAUUACCGACCAAAAAGUAAGGAACGCAAUAACUGAAAUGGUGAAAUCAGAAAUCACCAUAAUCCUUCAGCACAAUCACUGCUACUUUACACAGCUGACUCCAAGGCGUCGAGAAAUGAAUGUUUCCCUGCUCGUGCCUCGGUUUGCCCUCACCUUCACUCAUUGUUGACAUGUUUCAGUUUCCAUAAGGCCCUUUUUUCAUGUUCUUUAUCUUAUUCUAUUUGUUGUCCUGCUUCCUGUUCUAAACCCUUUACAUUGCUGAACAACUUUUGUUUUCCAGUUCAUACUUAAGAAGCUGCUUAUCAAAUGAUUACCUACAAUACAUGAAGCCGCCCCUUAAAAUAGUUUUGAUUGUAUUUAGCAUUCAUACCAGGAUGGCAUAAGAGUAUAUUCACAUCAUCUUCAAAGAAUGUUGUUUACUUGUAGAUGUUUGUUGAUCCUAAAACGACAUCUGCAAAUAAGGUUGCAGCUCACACAUUUAAAUUGCAACUAUUACAAUAAAUAAUGACAACACAAAUCAACAGAACAAAAAAAAAAAAAAAAACUUCAGCAGUGUGAAUUCAGCUAAAAUUCAGUGAAUUGUUUAAAGGUUCGAAAGCCUUUUUGUUACUUUUGUUUGGGUGCA